GCCGCACGUCUCGGCUCCUCGACGCGACACAGAUCGAUACUUGCACAGCCCUAGCUAACUGGCCAGUAACAUGCCCACGUGCACUGACGUUUAUAAGUUAUAAUAUUAUAACCUGUGACCGAGUAUCGAUAAAAUCGCGCGCGCGUCGACAAUGUAGCCAUAGUGACGCCUGUUUUGACAGAUCGACAUAUUUACGAUGCCGUUGAUUUUAUUAAAGUUUAUUAAACGUUGAGUGUUGUUGUUAUUAUGACAAUAAAUUUGUUGGUUAAUUAGGUGUUUGUUGCAACGAAGAUGGGAAAUGGAAUGAAUAAGGUGCUUUCCGGGCUGUAUGUUGGCAACUAUCGGGACUCGAAGGACCCCGUGCAGCUCGAACGUUACAAGAUCACACACAUUCUGUCCAUACACGACGCGGCUCGCCGGUUACACUCUGAUAAACACUACCUCUGUAUAAUGGCGUCCGACUCUCCAGACCAGAACUUGACUCAAUACUUCGCUCUCUGCAAUGACUUCAUCCACGCAGCGCGGCUCAGGGACGGACACGUACUCAUUCAUUGUUUAGCGGGUAUGUCACGCAGCGUGACAGUGGCGGUAGCGUACAUCAUGUCGGUGACACCUUUAAACUGGCGUGAAGCGCUCAAAGUGGUGCGCGCGGGCCGCGCUGUCGCCAACCCGAACCUCGGCUUCCAGCGGCAACUGCAGGAUUUCGAGACCUAUAAACUAGUUGAGGAGAGAAGACGUCUAAAAGAGCGUUACCCGUCCCUCGCGCUCGCUGAUAGCGACCUCUCCGAGUGUCGGGUCAUGCUGGACUCGUAUCAGACCAUGCUGAGCCAGCGCACCAUCUGCGAGGGCAAGUGCUCCAUGGGCCGCCAAUGUCCUACUGGCGUCUGUAGAACCGGGUCGAAGCGGCAGUCGCGGCCCCGCCGACCGUCCACGGCGUCCGGCGACGCGCCGGGCCUCAAACGAUCUCCCUCCACGCUCUCCACAAUGUCUACAACUUCUACAGCCUCGGGUUAUCGGCCGAGGUCCUCGCCCGCGGGGCUGUUUAGCUACACCGGGGCAACACACCGCCCAACCCGCUCCGCCUCCGGCAUCAGCAUAACGCGAGUAACGGACCCCAUAGGCGGCGGCACCACCAUGGCGGUCGGUGGUAACGAAUAUUCGCGUCGCCGAGCCGCCUCCGCGCCAGCCACGCCGGCGUUGUCGCCUGCGACGUCCCCGCCUGGAUCACCUCAUCGUGGUCACCAGAGGUCACGAGCAGUGCAGCGGUGCUCGUAGCACGCGGCCCGGGGCCCGCCGAAGUCCCCGCUGCGCCAGGCCUCCGUGGCCCCGAGCUACUACCACAAGGACUGCCCGCCCGCCCGCCAGCGCGCCGACAGCUUCCAGUCUAACUAUGUCAACUAACUUCAUCAAAACUAAAAUGUCGGAUAUCCUCUACCCGCCCAGAGACCUAUAAAAAGGUCUCCUGUUCCAUUUUAAUUUAAACUUUGUGUUGACAAAAUAAAGUUUCACUCUGCUUGGCAAGGUUUGACGUAUGGGCGGCUAGAGGAUAUAGGUGCGCAGAUCUGAUGGAAGCGUCGCUAGUGCGCCAAUUGUGAAACAUUUUUUAUUGCUCCCGUGCUUGUCGCAACGGUUCGCUAGAUCUAGACGCAUCAUGUUUAAACCCGUUAACCUUUGAACCUAAAUCUUUAAGUUAUAGCUAUGUGGUCUUUAUUCUGAGCGAUAAACGUUUAAGAGCCCUUCAACGUGCACACUAGCGCCACAGCUAAAUAAUAGUGGUUAUUUAAAUUUAACGAAAGAUAUUGAAAAAAGGGGGCCGCUACGUACUGUAUUGUGUAUUUAAGUACCUUUUGAAUACAUCAAACUAGUUUUUGUGUUGCUGGUUUCGUCGAUCUAGGAACUCAAAACAAAAACGGCUGUUUUAACUUUGGACGCAUAGAUUGACGAAACCAGCAACAUAAAAACUAGUCUGAUGUAUUCAAAAGGUAGGUACUUAAAUACACAAUACAGUACGUCGGCCCCCUUUAUUCAAUAUCUUUCGUAAAAUUUUUAAUAAUCACGAUUAUUUAGCUGUGGCGCUAGUGUGCACGUUGAAGGGCUCUUAAUCAAGAUAUUGUCACUUCUGUAGUCACAAAAGCAUUUCUUAAUUGGUUCAAAAAUUGAUAGGCGAAUUAACCUCUGCACAAACUUGAAGUGUACCGAAAAGGUUGUACCAAAUUGUAUUUUGAGUACAAAGUGUCGUGGCAACUUACGGACAUGAUACGAGUAUGACCACUGGUUGGUAAGGACUUGAAAUACGAGACAGCCCUAUUGUCUUAGAGCGAAUGAUGAUGCUGAAAUUGCCUUAGAGCGACGUAAAUGUUAAGUCUUGUGAUUAAGUACCGCUCCUCAACAAAACGUGCUAAUUAUAUAUGUAUAAAUAAUUAUAGUUUUUGUUUUGUAUUGUAAAUAAUUUACUUAUCGGUAAUUAUUUAAAGGGACAUGUUGACGGCGACUUCGUCUUAAAUCUUUAGUUUGUAUUCUACUUCUCCAAUAAACAUCUUACGGUUGAUUAAUUAAUGCAACAUGAGUUUACUAAUGUAAGAAAGAAUCUAAAGACAUUACCUAUUAGUAGGGUUGGUAAUGAGCAGAAAUGUAUGGAGCUGUAUGAUGUACUUUAAUCUCAGACGAUGCCGUUUAGCACGAUUGUUCCUUAGGUCUAACAAAGCUGAUUUGGUCCGGUAGCCACGAGAUCGGGCAUAUCCCCCAAAAAGUGAGGGAGGGGGGUGAAAGGGUCGGCUACCUUAGGUCCAAUCUAUGCUAUAUCUCUUCCUAUUCUUAGCAUCUAGGGCAAGUUAAACCACUUUAAAAAAAUAAUGUUACCAAAAUAUUUCUUAACCUUUUUAAAACGUUAGCGCCACUUGCACAUCCCUUCUAGCCCGGGGUUAACCGAUUAAACCUGGAGUUGCCCAUGGUUACCAGUACAAUUUGAUACUGGGUUAAAGGUUUAAACUUUAAAGGGUUAACCCCGGGUUGGUGGGAUGGUGUAAGUGUCGCUAAGUCGCUACGGCGUCCCUACGGCAUGCGACGUGCUACUGCGUAGCCCCUUAUAUGUAUGUAGUGGGAAUACGCACGUGAGCACUGAAAGUUGUGUUAUGUCUGUUUUGCGCUUUUAGGUGCCAGACGACCUACCACAAACGUUUGAAUCAAAUCUUCGUUAUCUGCCAUUCUAUCGCUAUUUCGUUUCGGACGAUAGAAAGGCAAACAGACGAACGAACGAAGUGGUUACAGAAGAACUGUAUUGUCGAGCAAGAAACAUAGGUACAGUGAAUACACGUAAACGAGACAAUGUGUUACCUGUUUUCCGUUCACACCGCUGGGUAAAACUUUUUCUAAUGGCUAGCAAAUAAAAUACUGAUUGAUCUGAAUACUUGGUAGUUGAGUUGAGAAGCUCCCUAAAAUAUAUAUUAUGAUUUAAAAUAUUUUACGGGGGAAAUGAAAGGUACCAACAACGUUAUUCAAUGAUUAUACGCUGUUUGUAUCAAUGUAAUCAUCGCCUAAAGGCGACAUUUAAUAUUAUAAUUUUUCUGCCAUAAAAAAUUUUUUACGAUGACCAUGAAUGAUUUUUUACGCAACAUUUUUAAUUGUAUCUAUCUGGUGCGUGGUACGUAAAAAUGCCUUUAGUCCAUUUGCUAAUAAGUCGAAUUAAAUAAAAACGGAUAUAUAACGAUAUAACAUAAUUCAUAAUGUGAUGGAGCUAACGAAAUAAAUUGUAUAUAAAUUAUAUGAUGCUAUUUUAAGUAUAAUGCUCUGGCUGGUUCAGAUUUACGGAUACGAGUAACUAUUCUAAAGUUGAUUAAACUGUAGCUGUAGUUUAUACUUAUUUAUAUGAAUUGUAAAUUAUAGAUAGCGUGUCAUUCAAAUUCAUGCCCUUUUGAAUCUUAACUUUAAUUCUAAUGAUCAAUGGUUUAAAAUUUUAAAUCCUCCUUUCCGAUCUCGCACCUUUUUAUAUUUGUCUGGUUGCCGCAAUAUUAACGAUUAAAAGUAAUGAAUUAAUGACGCAUCUCAUUGCAAAACAAAUUAGUAGGUAGAUAUCCGGCCUAGCCAAGGUUACAAUCGCUAUCGCUUCGACAACGAAAACCAUUAUGUCUCUCUAUCACUCUUCCAUAUCAGUGCGACAGUGACAGUUGCGUUUCGAUCGCUACGGAGCGUAAGCGAUCGGCAUCUUGGCUACGCGGCCUUCAAGCAAUUAAAACACUAUCUUUAAUCGAUUGGCUAUAAGGCGCGCUGUAACGCCUUUUUCAAUUCGGUAAUACCUACUCAUUGGUUACAUUUGAACCCCGAGAAGUUUCACGCUAUUUCUACAGCGUGUACUUUAAAAUCGAGUUCGAAUUCUCCUACCUGCCGGCCUAGCCAAGGUUACAAUCGCUAUCGCUUCGACAACGAAAACCAUUAUGUCUCUCUAUCACUCUUCCAUAUUAGUGCGACAGUGACAGUUGCGUUUCGAUCGCUACGGAGCGUAAGCGAUCGGCAUCUUGGCUACGCGGCCAGGCACUUCGCGCAUAGUCAAAACCCGAUUUUAUUUAUCAUCAUCCAUUUUAAAUGUACAGUCACCACACGGGAUUGUUAUGACAUUUAGGGUUCCUACUAAAUUGAAAAUUCUAUAGCGUAAAAGUAUUAAACAACCAAUAGGUAGGACCCUAAAUGGCGCAAAAAUCGCAGAGCGUGAUGGUACUUAUGUAAAAAUUUUGUCAUUGCUCAAAUUUGUGAACCCAGUCCGUUCUUUUUGCACACUUCUAGUAUAAUUUAGCUGAUGCGUGCUUACUCGUAUAUUGUAAGUAGUUUCUAAGAACUUUCUCCCUAAUCUUACCUACAACUGACAUUAUAGUUUAAGAUUUAUCGCGUGUCACUAAACAACUGACAAACAUAAUAUUGUCAAACAAAUAUUGAGCAAAUGUACCUACAGGUACCAAUCAAGAGCCCGUUUCUCAAAAGCUUGUAACUUGUAAUAAUACAAGUGAAAAUCCCUUUCUAACACAAGCUGUCAAAAAGAGAAAUCCGCUUGUAUUACAAGUUACAAGCUUUAGAGAAACUGGCCCCAAAACUAUAUCUAGAUUACAGAACAGCUUUCCAUCUUCAAAAGAAAAUUUUAUGCGUAUUCAGGUAGGUAUCUACUGAAAAUUGAAUAUUGAAAUCAGAUGGCUUUAAAAUGGUACCAACCUAACAAGUUUGCCAGAUUGAACUCAAUCACAUAUCUAUACAUAUAAUAAAGCUGAAGAGGGUCGAAAGUCUGUACAUGGAAGAAUUUGAAAAAAAGUUGGCUGGGGAUACUUAGAAUCAAUAACAGAACACGUUCCAACAGUUUUUAUUAUUGAUAAUUGGGGAAUACCCUCCAAAAAAUAUAAAGACCACUACAUUUACGAGUAAGUCAAAGUUAGGAACAUUUUAUGUACCUAUAAAUUAAGUUGUAAGUGACACGCGAAAGCCACUCACUGCUAAAUCGAUGAUUGGAAUCAAGCAUCUUUGUUCGAGUAAAGUAAAAAAAACUCGUAUAAAAAAACUAACUCCAAAAACAAAUGCGCAAACACUAAUUCAAUGAAGUCUACUUCUCUACAUAGAGUACAUAUUAUACGAUCGAUGAGUUAUACGGUUUUAAAAAGUCAAAAGAAUUUUUUAACGAUUUCGGUGCAGUGAGUGGUGGACUUAAAAACUAUGUUGUGAACUUUUGCAUAUCUCUUUCUCUCUCGUCUCGCUAGGGCUUAGCCUGAUUAGGAAUUGUGAUUUAGAUGCCUUUAGCACGGUGGCAUUUAGGUGAUUAGCUUUUAAUAAUUUUACUAAUAUUAAGAAAUGCUGCCACUGUAGCUUUGUUACAAAUUCGUGUACCUGUCGUGUAUUUCAUUAUUUGGAAACUUUUUUCUUUUAUAUUCUGAAUGCUAGAACUACCUCGCCUUGUAGAAUAAUUUCUUAAACGGAUAGGCAGCUCCGAAGAAAAGUUACACAUGUAUAGAAAUUUCUAUGCAAUGGUGCAUACCGCUCUUUCGCUAACUGUACGCCUAGUUAAAGUUGUGACCAGAGCUCGGCGGGGGUGAGCUGUUUUCAGAGUUUGCACAACAUGGACAUGCCUUGUCAUUCGAUGGUAUAUGUGGUGUAGUUUAAUAACUAAAGAUAUUAUUUUAUUUAGGCUGCCGUUCCGCAACGAUCUUUACGUCGCCAUUAAAACAAAAAAAUUUAUAGCAAGCUUUUUUGUAAACCUCUUCAAAUAAUAUGUAUAUCCAUCCAUAUGCUACUAUUAAAGUUUAUUUGUACAUAUGGCAUUGUCAUUUUAGUUUAAUUAUAAUUUAUAAAGUUUAUUUUUAAUAUUUAUUUCUAAGGUGUAUCUAUAUUAAAAUCUACACUUGACAUAAGUGACGUCAAAACGGCUCACCCCUGCCGAGCUCUGGUUGUGACAAAUCCAAGUACAAAUCUCUUUACAUUUUCACAUCAAAACGCUAAACUCACUUGCUUAUUUAAAACAAACAUGACUGCUGGGGUAGUUCUAGCUUUUAUGUUUAGUUCGCGGCACCUUUCUUAAUUAAUAGCAUAUUUUUCAAUCGCUUUUAUAAGUACCGUUAAACCUGUUUACUUUACCAAGUGAUGUUAGGAGAGUCACUCCAUGAAAAGUCUGCAGCGGAUUUGAUAGCCCACGCAGUGCACGUGUUAUUUUAAACGUCAAACUUCUAUGAAAUUAUGACGUAUAAAUGACACUUGCACUGUGUGGGCUAUUAUCUCUGCUGCAGACUUUUCUUGGUCCGACUCUAGUGCCUUUAGUAGAAUUUUCCUUUUAUUCAAUAACUACUAAUGCUCUAAAGUCAUGCUGUCAGUUGGACGCAAUAAUGUCUGUUGGAAAGUUUCCAAAAUAACGAAAUUUCUACAAGGGAAAACUUCGGAAACAUCUCUUAUUUUUGUAUGGGCAUUCAUUUUUCCAUUUCCAAAAUGAAAGCUUCAUUUAUUUCCUGUGAAAUUUUCCCGUAAUUUUUGAGAACUAUUUUAACAUUUUGAAAAAAAUCCGCAACUUUGCACCUAUGUAGUUGGACGACCCUUGGUAAAGUAAGCAGACUAAGAAAGUAAUCUGUCAAAGAAAUAAUGAAGACCUGUGUUAUCCUACCUCGAUCCAUCAUAACUGACAAUAUUUUAUGAAAAUUUUAAGAGCACUAUUUUGUCAGGUAGUUGAAGUGUUAUGUGGAACAUCAGAAAGAUCGGUAUUUUUACAUUCUUAUAUGUAUGGAAACCGUAGGUAAACAGUCUUGGUUCAUAUUUACACCCGAUUCAUAACGAUUAUAUGAGAGUUAAAUAUUUAUGGAAACACAUUGUUGGAAAUCCCAGUUUUGAAAAAUAUUUUUAUACCUGUGUUACCAUAUGCACUUAAAUUGUGGAUCUUUGUUGAAGUUUGAAUAAUUUUAAAAUCAAAGCAAUAAUGUAUGAUAAUGCCAUGCCAACAAACGACAUGGUGUGAUUGUAACCGUAUAUUUUUAAUAAAAAAAUAUUAUAAA